AUGCGUCUAAACGGCUUGACUAGCAACAACCCCGCUGGACUUGGGAUAACGCUGCCAUGCGAUGAUUCGGCGGUUGCCAGCGUUCCUUCCGGCACGGAAGACACAUCGAACAAGAUUCUCGAAAUCAUAUAUGAGCAUGCUCUCAACAAGUUCGAUGAUUCGAAAGAGCGCCUAGCUGCGGGGACGGUGAAAUUCCUUACCGUGAUCGACCGCUUCGUCCAAGCAGGCGAACGUGUCGAGACAUGUUUACCGGCCUUUCCUUUCAAGUCGGCCAACAAGGUUUACAAAGUGCUCGGAUCUCUACCAGAUAAGGCGGAAGAACUAGCGCUUCAACGGCUGAACCACAUGUGCGCAAGGAUAAAGGAUGUCUACAAGCCCGGAGCGAGAGUCACUAUCAUCUCAGAUGGCAUAACCUAUAAUGAUCUUCUCUCGAUAUCAGAUCGUGAGACAUGGGCUUAUGGCGAGGCUCUGCGUCGGAUGUCGACGGAAAAGAAAUUCACAUACAUCGCCUUCUCUCGACUGAAAGACAUACUCGAUUUCCCAGACCUGCCAGACAAGCUGCGAGAGAUAACAUAUGUCGCCAAUUGCACGAACUUCAGACGCCUACUUCUCAACAAGUAUGAGAGUCCUGAUAUCGAUAUCGACAAGGAGAUCAGAGAACAUGCAGACACGAGAUUGACUUAUCUCGGUUACCGCAAGUUUCUUGAGUCUGAUCUGAAGCACAUAUUCGCGCUCGGAGAGAAUCGCGGCAGCAAUCAGUAUAAGAGAGACGUCAAGUAUCUCGCGAAACAGAUGCUAUACAGAGGAUAUGCAUAUGCUGGAGCUGUUAAAGAAGCGUACCCUCAUCACCUUAGACUCUCGAUACACGAAUCGAUUGGCGAUCACAAGAUAUCGAUUAGUCUGCUGGACACGAAAACAGGUUACACAACGCCAUGGCAUUGCAGUGUGGCCUUGCUGGCCAACGGAGACUGGGUGAGCGCACCUGCAGGUGAGUUCCGAAAGGACUCGCGGCUCGAGCUCAUUCACAAGAACGGACACCCCAGCCACUUUAAAGAGAAAAGACUGCAGGAAUCUGAUAUGGCGUGGAUCACUGAGGCAAACGCCAGCUAUCUACAAGCUCGGGCGCCCUUCAAUGGUACCCGAAGUGGCUAUUCCUCGCCCAGUGCGACGUCUAUCGUCAGUGGCAUGUCGACGCCACCGACAUCCUUUGGGACAUCUCCCCCACGUUCAUCACACUCUCCGUCGUACUUUUCUCCCAACACAAAACUUCCAGAGACGCCACACAUGAAGGGCAUUGGAAGUGAGCCAGCUUAUGGUCGCCGGCUCAUACCCCAGAUCAUGGACCAACUCGCCAGAAAUCAACCGGACCAAAUCGUUUUCUCGAUUGCCAAUCCUUCAGAUGCAGGCCUUGAACUGCGGGAUAUAUCAGCGCAUACUUUCGCGAAAGCAGUAGACAAGACAGCAUGGUGGCUUCAUCACCAGGUCGGCGAGUCGUCAUCGGUGCGACCUGUGGGCUACAUCGGCCCUCACGACCUUCGGCACAUCCUGAUCACCUAUGCCUGUGUGAAGGUUGGCUACGCUGCGCUCUAUCUUUCGCCCAAGAACAGCACGGAGGGUGCCUUAUCUGUGCUAAAAGCAACAGAGUGUGAUAUCUGGGCUAAGGCACGCGAAGUGGAAGCAGCUCCUCUUGUAGAGGACAUCCUAGAGAAACGCCCGAUGAAGUUGCUCGAGCUACCAUUACUCGACGAGCUUCUGGAUGCGGAAGAUGUCGAAUACUACCCUUACAUCAAGGCUUUUGCCGCAGCUGCUACAGACCCUUUCUGUUAUCUUCACACCUCCGGUUCGACGGGCGUACCAAAACCGAUCCCGUGGACUCACGGAUUGAUCGGCACGAUGGAUGCAAUACGCUUACUUCCACAUGUUGAUGGCGACGAUGGAUUAGUGCCGUGGACGUCGGACUGGAAAGAGGGAGACCGGAUUUACUCCUCUUUUCCUAUGUGCCACGGUGCUGGAAUCAUCAUGGAUAUACUCUUGCCAGCCCUUUUCGAACUGAACUGCGUAUUAGGUCCUGAGAGCACCAUCCCCAAUAUCUCACUCCUAGAGACUCUUGCCGAUCAUGCCAAGAUCGACAUCUGGAGCAUGGUACCAUCGCUUGUCGAUGAGCUAGGAGAGACGCCUGAUGUUUUAGCCAAAUUCCAGUCUUCUAAGUUCAUCUGUGCGUCAGGUGGGCCGGUCAGCCCUAUCAGCGCUGGCAAAGUCAACCAUGUUGUCAGAGUGCUAAACCUGACCGGAACAACAGAGGGUCUUUUUAUCGGUAAUCUCGUCGUGAAGAGAGAGGACUGGUUCUGGUUCGCUUUCCAUCCUUACUCUGGGUUCGAGUUUAAGGAAGUGGAGCCGGGUAUCUACGAGCACUGGGUCCACCGGAACGAAAAUGCAUCGCUGUUCCAGGGUAUCUUCCACACAUUUCCAGACAAGGACUCCAUCAACUUCAAGGAUCUGUAUAAGCGGCAUCCAACCAAGCCCAAUCUCUGGGCUUUUACUGGUCGUAACGACGAUCUCAUUGUUCUUUCUACUGGGUACAAGAUUCUGCCUUUGGAGUUUGAAGCACUCGUCAGUACUCAUCCCGCAAUUGACGGAUGUCUCGUCAUAGGCAGCAAAAAGCUGCAGGCUGGUCUUCUCAUCGAGUUGAAGGACCAAGUAGCCAAGACCGACGACAUAAUGCAGAGUAUAUGGGCUAAGAUUGAGGAAAGCAUCCUGUCCUCACGACAAACCGUACGUCUAUCCCGUGACUAUGUCUGCUUUACACAGCCAGACAAACCCUUCGUUCGAACAGACAAAGGGACGGUCAAGCGACGAGCUACCUUACUGCUUUACGAAGACUACAUCGAGCGAUUCUACCGCGCUCGCAGUACUGAGACUUCUUUCGUUUUCGAUAUCAGCUCUGCAUCGACAAUGCAGAAGUCAGUGCGUGAGAUUCUUGCUUCAUCGCUCCCAGCAAUCCAAUCUGCUUCUCCAGAUGAUGACCUAUUCGAGCUCGGUCUCGAUUCAUUAGGGGUAUCAGCCGCUAUCAAUACCAUCCGAGCAGCGAUCAAGUGUCUAGACAAACUUGCACCUCGCCAUCUCUAUGCCAAACCCACUUUGGCCAGCUUCACUGCUGCUCUCCAGCCAAUGAUUGCUCAAGCGCAAGAUGCUGGUAAUAUGAAGCCUAUUGUAAGCGAUCGAGACGCGAACAUGCAGCGCAUGAUUGCGCAGCGAAAAACAUGGCAGUCUUUUCGAUUGAACCCCUUCGACUACGUCAACCCGAACCAUUACAUGGGGCUGGUGUUCUACUUCCCCCUCCAAGAGGGCGUUACAUUCGAAGAGACAUUCGCAAACAUGCAAGCAGGACUCAAUCGAACAUUUGAGCUCAUACCAGCAUUAGGCGGCAAGAUGAUGACAUGCUCCAAAGACGAGAUCGGAUACACUCAAGGCAAUCUCUGCGUAACUGUACCACCCUUCGGCCAACCGGCUCGUGAUCGUUUAGUCUACAAGGACCUAUCCGAUGUGCUUCCGGCAUUCGAGGACCUGCGAGGCAAUGGAUUUGUGCCAUCAGCCUUCAAAGACGAGCUGGUUCUGCGACAAGAUACUUUCCCGCAGCUGCCCGCGGAUAUACUCGUUGCGCAGGCCAAUUUUAUCAGAGGUGGUUGCAUUCUUGCUGUUGAUCUGAACCACUGCUGUUUGGAUGGUGUGGGGGCUAUCAUCGCGAUAAAAGCAUGGGCUGAGAAUUGCAGGUAUCUGCAAGGCGACACCUCAGCAACUUGUUCAUGGUACGACGCAGAGAGCUUCAAUCACAGCCUUCCAGAGCUUCUGCAUGAGCUGGAGGGAUACGGGCGUCCAGUAGAAGAGGUCGAUCUCGAUGUUUGGGGUAUGCUACCCUUUAUCCCGUCAGCUGAUAUUCUCGAAAGGCAUGCUUCAAAACGAUCAGAACCUCUGGGCUGGCCACUAAGCUACCCGCUGCACUCAGUAUGGCCAUUACCCUGUGCAGAGCGGAAGAUGGACACUACUCUAUUCCUCAUCCCACCUGAGAAGGUCGAGGCACUCAAAACGAACGUCCUGCGCAAUCCUGAAGCCAGCAGGACCAUCAUAUCGAUCAGCGACAUCAUCCAAGCCUUCUUUUGGCGCUCAGCCCUCCGUGCACGAUAUGCCGUAGCCAAAGCUGAUGGCCGAGAUUUCAAACCUGAUGACCACUCUAUCCUGGAGUUGCCAACAGACGGGCGCCCUUACUUCUCCUCUCUGCUACCUACAUCAUACAUGGGCAGCCUACUCACCCUAAACCGGACAAGCAUGCCAUUAGAAGAACUCUGCGCCCCAACGACAAGUCUCGCACACAUAGCACAAGUACUUCGCACAUCCGCUGCACGCAUGACACCAGGGCUUGUUCACGACGCAUUCACUCUUCUCCAAUCCCUCCCCAACCACUCACGCUUCUCAACCGCGAAUAUGGGUCUCGACCACAUGCAUGCCAUGAUCUCAAACAUGAUUCUCUUUGAGACGAAAGAGAUCAAUUUUGGCAGCACCUACUUUAGUAAUGAGGGGAGUCCAGAGAGUAUGAGGCCGCAGCUAGAGCGCGGAAACGGGAGGUUUAGAUUUUUGGUUGUGUUUCCGCUCAAGAGCGAUGGGGGUGUGGAGUUAGUUAUGGGGACGUUUCCAGAGGAGAGGGAGAUGCUGGCGGCGGAUCAUGAGUUUACAAAGUAUGCACAGUUAGUUGAUGUGGCGGUUUGUUGA